AUGGAAGGAGACGUGGCGGAAAACUCUGGCAGCGGAAAUCUGGACCGAUCCGAAGAUGAAGCGGCCCUUCAAGGAUGCUGCAGCCCGAAAAAAAUACCCUACCGAUUUUUGGGACUAGCACUCAUGUGUCUGCUUGGAUUCGGUUCAUAUUUUUGUUUCGAUAAUCCUGGAGCAUUGCAGGAUAAUUUUAAAUCUGAUCUGCAUAUGUCAACUAGUACAUUUGUCUUAUUAUAUUCUAUAUAUUCUUGGCCGAAUGUCAUCCUCUGCUUUAUUGGCGGAUUCCUGUUGGACAGCGUUUUUGGGAUUCGGCUGGGUACGAUAAUAUACAUGGGCCUCACAUUGAUCGGUCAAGUCAUUUUUGCAAGUGGUGCUAUGAUUAAUGCUUUUUGGCUAAUGAUGGUCGGUCGAUUUGUCUUUGGAAUCGGUGCAGAAUCAUUGGCAGUAGCGCAGAACAGUUACGCGGUCCUUUGGUUCAAAGGUAAAGAAUUAAACAUGGUGUUUGGGCUGCAGUUGAGCUUCGCCCGAGUAGGAUCGACUGUGAACUUCCUAGUGAUGGAACCAGUAUACAAUUAUGUAUCUCAAUAUUACAAGGGCCCAGAGUGCAUCGGUAUAGUUCUCUUUCUCGCAGCCAUCACUUGCGUCAUUUCGAUGAUAUGUGCUUGUGUGUUGGGUCUCAUGGACAAGCGAGCCGAGAGAUUGCUCCGUCGCGGAGAGGGACAGGAACCGCAAGAAGUUAGUUUGAAGGAUGUCAAGGAUUUCAAGCUGAUCUUUUGGCUGGUCGCGAUCAUUUGUAUCGCUUAUUACGUCGCGAUAUUCCCCUUUAUUGCUUUAGGAAAAGUAUUUUUCGAGCGAAAAUAUGAAUACGAUCCAUCUGCCGCAAAUACAGUAAACUCUCUUGUUUACUCGAUAUCGGCGAUAGCGUCGCCUCUCUUAGGUUACAUGGUGGAUAGAACAGGCAAAAAUGUAUUAUGGGUGUUUAUUAGUAUCUGUAUGACUAUUCUUGCUCAUGGAUUACUCGCUUUUACUUACUUGAACCCUUAUGUAUGUAUGGUUCUUAUGGGACUAGCGUAUUCUAUGCUCGCAAGCAGUUUAUGGCCUCUGAUUGCUCUCGUGACACCAGAGCAUCAACUUGGAACUGCCUAUGGAAUAGCGCAAUCUGUACAAAACUUAGGUCUCGCUGUGGUUUCAAUUGUAGCUGGCAUAAUUGUCGAUAAAGGAGGCUAUUUAAUGCUCGAGAUGUUCUUCCUCGGUUGGCUCUGGAUCUCGUUGAUAACCGCUGGUGCAAUCUGGGUGUUGGACAUGGCAACAAGCGGUGGUUAUCUUAACAUGACGCCAGGACAAAGAGAACGAUACGAGGCAAUUCAAUGCACGCCCGAAAGUUUGGAGCGUGAAAAGUUAUUAUCGUCGGAGUGCACGUCGGAUCUCUCAGCUGACAGUCUUAUGCAGCCACAAUCUGACAUUAGUAUACGAAAUCGUUAUUUGUCUCGCAUUGGCGCAAUGGUACCGCCACAUGCGAUUACACCGAUUCAUCGACCUUUACGAUGAUACGUAUAACUUAGUUGCAAAUUCAUGAAACAAAUAGGUGUGUAAAAAUACUUUCGUCGAAGUGUCUGCUCAUUGUGUCUUCCUACACAGCUUAAUCUGUGAUAAUUUCGUAACGCAAUUUUAUUCAAGAUUUUGUACAAUUCUAUUUAUAUGAACAAAUUCGUAUUAAUCGAAUUGUAAUUGUAUCUUUGAGUCUCGAUCAAUGUCGAUUAUAGUUAUAUAUGUCAAGUUUUUUAAUUAUUUAUGACUUAUUAUAAUAAAUAACUUAUGAUAAUUAUGAAUUAUUAUAUCUUUUAUCAUAGUUAAAAUCGAUGAUGUCAAUCAUUGCCUAUUGUCAUUGUCUAUUUAAAAGCAAAGCGUUGCGAAAUUACUUGUCCAUAAGAUAUAUUUGAUGUGUAUAUUGAUGUAAUAAACGUUCGAUCUCUGCGU